GUAUAUGUAUCUCCACACUCCCUUUCCUUCUCAGAAACAAGCAUAUUAUAUAUACUCUUGUGUACCACCUUCCAUUUUUUUUUAAACACUAAAUCCUAAAAUUACCCUGAAGAAUUGUAAAGACAUCUUCUUUAUUAUUAUAUUCUUUAUAAAUGAACAAAAUGCUCAUUACAGGGCCAUUUCAUCAUUUAUUCAGCCAAGCCCACACUGAAGGACUUCUGGGUUGUUUCCAGUGCUUUGUUUUCAUAAGGAGUGCUGUAAAGAGUAAGUGUGGGAACGAGUUACUUUUUAUUUUGGGAACAGAUUCCAGGAAGUGAGGCCACUAAAUCAAAGAAUAACGGCAAAUGUGAUUUUGAUAGAAAUUAUACCAAUGUCCCUCCUCUCACCCUCAAAUCAUAAAAAUCAGGCAGAAAAAAAAGGGAUGGUAAGGAAAUUUACUACUGUUGGAGACAUCUCAUUUCUAAUUUUUCAAACCAAUAUUUCACUCUGGUAAAAAUUAAUUUUGAAUUGUUCUAUUGACAAUAAACAGCUAACAUAUUACAGCAUAACUUUAGUUUUUCUAUAUUGAAAACUCUGGAAGAAACUUCAAAAAUAGCAGGUAUAAUAACAGGAAAAAUGGGGAGGGAGGCUUAAACACAGGAGCUCUUUUCUGGCAGCUGUAGUUCUGAAAUUCAAUGACUUUAUGAGUGAAGCUCUUGGGAUUUCCUAAAAUAGGAUAGGAUUCAAACAUUUUAAAGUAAGUGGAACAAAAAGCUUUUACACCGAGCUUCUUUCCAUUCCUAUUUAUUCCGAAUUCUGUAUAUUUAGCAAGUUCUGAAGCCUAAAGAAAACAAAGUAAACUUUGUUUAAAUACAAACCCCCGUUUUAGUGGUUAAUGCACUUUAUAUAUAAUAUAGAAAUGGAAUUACAGAGCCUGUCCAAAUACCCUAUGUAGUUGGUUUAACAAGGACUUCCUGUUACCAACUGGCUCCAAUGAAAAUGAUCUUCCUUUAAUCUAAAGAAUGGGCGGUUAACUGGCAGAACCGGAUUCUCCAGGCGUGAAGUAAGCAAUUUGUUCUUCUAAGCAAAAGGACAACUUUAUCUCAAACUUAUUUGGCUUUCAAUUAAGUUAACUAUAUGAAAAUGUACAGAAAUUGCCUGUGAACUGUAAGCUAGAGACUUAAUUUGAUCAAAACGUUACAGAUGAUACUCAGUUUUUCUCUCAAAGGCAGGACUCCAACACGGCAGGUGGAAAAGCAACAAAAGGAGCAAGACAAAGGCAUCAUUUUUACAACAUCCUCGACUGGGACAUCUUGAACAUCUCCAGUCAUGGCCAGCUUAUCAUCUCAUGAAGCAGUUCAUUCCAUCUUGGGACAGCUCUACUUGUCUGAAGAGUCUUCUUUAUACUAAUUAAACUUCUCUCUGUGCAAUUUCCACCCACUGCCCUUUGGAGUUAUGCCAAGAGGAAAGGGAAGAUGAAGGACCGACUUCAAGAACUAAAGCAACGGACAAAGGAAUUGGAACUCUCUAGAGACAGGCAUGUGUCAACUACAGGAGCAGAGGACCAAGGAAUGGUUCUGCAACAAGCUGUUAUUUAUGAAAGAGAGCCGGUAGCUGAGAGACACCUACAUGAGGUCCAAAAACUCCAGGAGAGUAUUAACAAUCUGACAGACGACGUUCAAAAGUUUGGGCAGCAACAGAAAAGUCUGGUGGCUUCAAUGAGGAGGUUUAGUCUCCUUAAGAGGGAGUCGAGCGCGACGAAGGAGAUAAAAAUCCAAGCAGAACACAUUAAGAGAGGUUUGGAUGACUUAGUAAAAGAAGCUAAAAAAUCAGAGGCAGAAAACGGUCCAUCAUCCGUGGUCACAAGGAUACUUAGGUCUCAGCACGCCGCAAUGUUCCGUCAUUUUCAGCAAACCAUGUUGGCAUACAAUGACACAAUAGCGGCGAAGCAAGACAAGUGCAAGACAUUUAUUGUCCGUCAGCUGGAAGUGGCUGGGAAGCACGUGCCUGACGAAGAAAUAAACGACAUGCUGCACCAAGGAAAAUGGGAAGUUUUCAAUGAAAGCCUGCUCACAGAAAUCAGUAUCACUAAAGCACAGCUCUCAGAGAUAGAACAGAGACACAAGGAGCUUGUUAAUCUGGAGAAUCAGAUGAAGGACCUAAGGGAGCUUUUCCUUCAGAUCUCUCUCCUAGUAGAGGAGCAAGGGGAAAGCAUCAACAACAUUGAAAUGACAGUAAGUGGCACGAAAGAGUACGUUAACACUACUAAAGAGAAAUUUGGGCUAGCUGUGAAAUACAAAAAAAGAAAUCCUUGCAGGGUACUGUGUUGUUGGUGUUGUCCAUGCUGUGGCUCAAAAUAAAGAAGCUAUUUUAGAAAUGUCUGCAGCUUUGGGAUGAAGGAUGCCCCGUA